GUGGUUAUGGUUUUAUGAGACCACAGUUAGAAGAUAAACGAAGAUUUCCUGAUUCGUCAUUUGGUGCUUCUGCUUCUUUAAAAGGUCACGGUGCUUCUGAUGCACGGAUAUCUAGUGGUAAUUCUUGGUGUGCUCCUGUCCUAGAAGACAAACAUUACCUUCAAGUGAAUUUGAGAAGACUAUAUUCUCUCUAUUAUGUCAUAACAUAUGGUGACAGUAUCAGCCCAGCAUGGGUGGCUACAUAUAAUCUGAAUUACACCAUUGAUUUGGUGAACUGGAAAACUUUGGUGAGAAAGAAUUAUAUAAGGAGCCGACCAUUUAACUUUUGAGGGGGGGAGGUGAUUUACUGCUGGCAGGGAUUUUUUUUCUGGGAUCGUUAUGGGCAAGUUGUUUUUUUCUGUCCCAACACCAUGUACGAUUUUUUUUUCCACUCUCUCUUUUGCAGCAUUUUUUUUCAAUGGCUUAUACUAUUUAGAUUCUUUAAUUAUAGUUAACGUUGAGUUUUCUAGCUUCAUGCAUUGCUUGGCCUCUUUUAAGGCAGGACCGUAGGAAUCUCUUUUCGAUUGGGGGUGGGGGGGGGGGCGGAAAGCGAGGGCCGAAGGUCCGAGGAAAUUUUUAAAUUUAGAGUCUCUGAAAUGCCAUUUCCUGGACUUUGGGGAAGAUUUUGACAGAAUUCUGAUAUUCAGCGUUUUAGUAUGUUGAAAUUUACAAUUUAGUGGUACUAAAUGGGCGAUGGCGUAUUUAAUUAACUAUAUAUUGGAUAAGUUGCAAGAAAGUAUGGGUAAUAUCUUCAUUCUUUGCAGUUUGUCAUGGAUUAAAUGACAAAGGUCUGCAUGAUUUUGAAAAAAGAAUGAUUAUUAGCAAAUUAUUGGGGGGGGGGGGCUGCAGCCCCCUCAGUCCCCCGGUUGCUACGGCCCUGUAAGGAUGUGUAACUGGAGGGGACAUAUUUAGCGGGGGACCCGGAGAAGUUCGAAGUCGGCAAGUCUGUGUCGCUGCAACUACCUGCAGCAUAUAUAUGCAUGGUUUAACUAAUAAGUAUGCGCCAAUAAAAUGCGCCAUAGGGCAGCAGAUCAGGCCAUAGCUAGGAUUCACUUAAAAUCUGUUGAUAAUAACAGCCCUCAAACACAAAGUAUGUGGCGUUGAGACAAAAAGACAGAAGAUAUUAUUGAUCUUCUGUCUUUUUGUCUCAACGCCACAUACUUUGUGUUUGAGGGCUGUUAUUAUCAACAGGUUUUUGGAACAGCGAUGGGGUCACCAGUAUCGGCAGUAAUUGCUAAUUUAGUAAUAGAAGAUGUCGAACAAAGAGCUUUAGCCUCUGUUCCGGUGUCCCUAUCGUUUUGGAAACGUUUCGUCAAUGAUGUCAUCUCUGCGGUUUCUACAAAUGAGAUCGAUAUUCUGCUGCAACAUUUAAAUUCUAUUGAGCCGUCCAUCCAAUUCACGGUAGAACGUGAAAUAAAUGGACAUUUAGCUUUUUUAGAUUUGAAUGUACACAGAACUGUCGAAAGGAAGUUAGAGACUGAUGUUUAUCGCAAACCCACACACACAGACAAAUACUUGUCAUACGACUCUCAUCACCCAGUAAGCCAUAAAAGAUCCGUAGCAAAAACUUUGCUUCAAAGAGCUGAAUCGUUGCCGUCAAACAGUGAUUCUCAAGCUAAUGAACGUGAAUAUGUUCUAAAUGUUUUAGGGGAAAACAAUUACCCAAAGCGUUUUCUUAAUGAUUGCCUGAGACCACCUGUUUGUAGGAACCAAAAUAACUCCGAGGGUGAUACCUCUGUUAAGGGUUAUGCAAUAGUUCCAUACAUUCAAGGUGUCACAGAACCAAUCAAGAGAAUCUUAAGUAAUUGUAAUAUUAAGGUUGCCUUAAAACCCUAUUUGACUUUAGGCCAUAUUUUCGCAAAGCCAAAAGAUCCUGUUAAAACAAAUCAGAAAACUCAUGCUGUAUAUUCUAUACCAUGCGGUGACUGCGAGAAAGAGUAUUUGGGUCAGUCUAAACGCCAGUUUGGUACACGGCUAAAAGAACAUCAAAAGGCUGUUUCAACUUUAGACAAGGGAAAAUCAGCUUUAGCCGAACAUGUAUGAUACACCAAACACGAGAUUGCGUGGGAAAACUCUAAAGUAAUUACCACAAACAAUCGCUAUGGUCAAAGACUUUGCCUAGAAGCGUGGCAUAUAAAUAUGAGUAAUCAUGCUUUGAAUAGGGAUGACGGUGCCUAUUUGCCAGAGGAAUAUAUGCAUCUCAUUGGCAAGUGACGUCAUCCCUUGAGUAUUUAAGAAGCCACGUUUGCAAUUUUAGAUCACCCCUGAUGAAGACACUAGACUGGAGUGUCGAAACUUUGGGUCUUGAUUACAAUUCGACUGGGCUUUGUAAUCAUUUAUUUAAACCAGAGUAGCAAGCGAAACAUGACCUUGAGGAUUUUCCAACAAGAAAUUAACCUUACACUAGUCCCUGAAUAUCAAACCAGCUGAUCUUCUGGGACUGGUCAAAUCGAUCCCUGCAGCCACGCUGUUUUGCAACAAUUUUUCCGCACCAAAUAAUGGGGCAGGAUAUAUUUUCCCUCAGUUUGUUAGUGCAGGUAUUAUUUUUUUUUGUUCAGAAUGGCCUUGCGGGAAAUUUUUGUUCAAAAUCACCCACCUCCCUCAAAAUUUAAAUGGUCGGCUCCUAACUAAAAUGAUAUCAUAUAGUAUGUACUUAUUAAGCCUAUUAUUGUGACUUCUUGUUAAAGAUGCAUCUCUUACUGUUCUUUUUUGUAGAUGCUUCAAGGAAACAAAAAUGCUUACCAUUAUGCAGCUUGGCGAAAUCUUCGCGUUUUAGCAAGAGCUUUACGGUUCAUUCCAUUAACAUACGUAGGUCAACCAUGUAUGAGAGUUGAUACUUGGGGUUUAUGUAAGUUAUUGUACAUCAUUGUCUCUUUUGAAUUUCUUAUAAAAUAACUUAAAGUAAGGAGCAUCCCUACAGUUUCUCCUGUGGCUCAUUUAACCGAAUUAUACACAAGCCGUAAAAGUAUUCUUAGUCAAAAAUUAUAAAAAAAUAUCCUAAAAAUCAAAAAGUAAAUAACUAUAAAAUAAAAUAAUCUCACUGCAUAUACCACCUGAAAAAUCUGUCGUUACUGGAAAUUGCCAAGUUGACCGGUUUUAAUUGACGAUGGGUCCAUUAACAUCUGAAGAAGAUGAGUGUUCAAGAUGUGUAUUGUAUAGAACAUGCUCGAUUCAAGACUGCAUGGCAAUAUCGUGCAAUAAAAACACUUUCUCCUUUUAUAGUCGUUUUCCAGUUUGGUCAUUUUUGAAACAUUGUUGUCAACAGCGAAAAAGACAGAAAACGUGCUAAUGUCUCUAAAUUGUCUCUAAAUUUUAAAGUGCUAAUGUCUCUAAAAAUAUUUUCUAUAUUUCAAAAAUGAAGACUCAAGGUGUACUUAGUCUUUGGAAUGAAGUACAUAAUGUACAGGUUUCUGAAAGGCAUUCAUUCAGUAAUCUCAAACUACGAGUUAGAAAAAGAACGAUGACAAUUGCAUACACAAACACUCGAAUCAAUAUACCUUAUGCAUAAUGACGUCACUAGGCUUGUUGCCCACGAGGAAUGCUGGUCUUAGUAUUCAUUGCCUGGGAAAAUUACGAUAGCGGCCAUUUUGAAUUGUUUAUUUCUACCCGGGCAAUAACUACUAAGACCAGAAUUCCUCGCGGGCAUCAAACCUUGUGAUGUCGUUACCCAGGUCUAUUCCAACAUUCCUUUGUCCUAUCCGUCCAAUUAGACCAAUACUGAAUUUUUCAUUCCAAGACGUGUCAGAUGUGCCCAUACAUACACCGACUUAAAGGGAUAUGGCAUUAUUCCGUAUCUUGCUUAGCUUGGUUUUCGAAAUAAAUCGACUUAUAUUGAUCAAAACCAGCGUGCAUUCCGCCAUCUUCGAUAUGCAUUCGAUAUGCAUACGUCACAAGUAGGGUAAAAAGCGAAAUUUUUAUCUUGUAAACCACAUGUCAUGCAUUAUCAACAUGAAACUCGAUUUUCCGAAGUCUUUUUGGCACUCAAUUAACUCACAACAUUUCAAGAAGCUUUUCGAAGGAAUUUAGUCCCACGUGAAGAAGUUUUAACAAGUUUACCAUGUUGUGACGUCAUCAUAAACUAGGUUAAUUGGAUCAAUUAUAAUACCAAGAUGGUGGACUGCACAUUGAUUUUGGGCAAAAUAUUUUGAAAACCAAGCAAGAUAAGAAAAAGUUGUAAAGGAUCCUCAUAUAUGACUUUACAAGUUCUUUCAAAUAAGACAAAGUUAAUUUUCAUUGCCAUAUUCCUUUAAUUACCGUUUUGAAUACCAUCUGGUAAGAUCAUAUGGUACCAGCAAAAAUGCAAGUACGCAGAUAGUGAGGGUAUCUACGUGAAACUUGGUUGCACACAAAUUAAAGAAGUACCGCACCGUAGUAUUGGCCUACCUCCGAUAUGUAAGUACGCGAUUUAUCGCACUCUGCUUUAAUUAGGCUAGAUAAAAUUUAGAUAAACACCCUUGUUUUUAUGCACUUUAGCUCCGAGCGGUCCUUCAGUGAACAUCAGAACCACAUCAAGAAGUGCAUCGUCACUGUUUUUCGCCUGGGACGUCGACCAUUCUCAGACAACCAAACAACAUGGCGUAAUUAUCAGUUAUACAGCUUGUGUUUCACGUUCAGAAAAUGGUCCUUGCUUUCAAAAAUUUAUCACAAGUGAAAGAAAGUGGCUCGUCAGAAAUUUGAAUGCAUCAACAAAAUACUAUGUUCGUGUUUUCGCAAGUACUAAAGUUGGCCAUGGAAACAGUGACAGCAGAGGAGUUUUUACAGAUGAAA